AGUUUAGCUCUUAAUUUCUUCUCUAUUUAUCCAUUAUUUCCAAUUUCUAAAAAAUUCUUCCCCUUCAAGUGAUUUAUCUUGUUUCUUUUUUUGUUGGCCUGAAGGUGAUUAUCUUCUCCGUUUACUAGAUAAUCACCGAAUGACCUCUGAUCGUAUUUCAGGGGUACUCAUGGGCAUUAAAGAUAAAAUGGCCCCUAAUCAUAUUUCAGGGGUGUUCAUGAGUGCUAAAGAUAAAAUGGCCCCUAAUCAUAUUUCAGGGGUGCUCAUGGGCGUUAAAGAUAUUCAGAUCAAGCCAAAUCUGAAACGCUUCCUCAUGGGAAGUGGUGUGGGGAGGAAGAAGAAAGAGGCCACCAUGGCAAAGAAACCGUCGUGGAUGAUGCCUGCAGUCUCACAUGGAUAUCACACCCGUGAGAGCUACACAUCACCGGCUACCUAUGGCGAUUCCGACUCCGACUUUAUUGUGGCUCAGAGAGAGCAAAUCGAAGAGCUUGAGCUCUGGUUUUUCGGAGUUUUCGAUGCCCGGGUUGGCGACCGGGUUGCCAAGUACAUGCAGUCACAUUUGUUUGACAAGAAGCCUAAAGAGUCUCAUAUAAGGGGAAAGAGCAAGGAGACGAUGAGAAAAGCCUUUCUUGGUGCUAGAUCAAAGGUUAGAGAGGCCUCGGAGGAGACGAACGGAGUCGGUUCAGUUUCCGCGAUGGUGAUGGACGGGGAAAAGCUUGUAUUGGCUAACAUGGGAGACUAUAGAGCAGUUGUGUGUAAAGAUGGUUUCGCUCAUCAGAUAGGCACCAAGAAGAAGCAAUCAACCAAAAAGAUUUGGUCACACAGGUUGUUUCGAGCAAAGACCAGAACUUGCAAAAGCUCAGACCUUGUUGUUGGGGUUGAAGGGGUUGAUCCGGAUACUGAAUUUGUGAUUUUAGCCAGCAAUGGCAUAUGGGAGGUAAUGAAGAAUCAAGAGGCUGUGAAUCUCAUCCGACGCAUCGAAAAUCCACAAACUGCUUCCGAGUAUUUGGCGGAGGAAGCUUCGAAUAGAAUGAGCAGAGGCAGCAUUUCUUGCUUGGUCAUCAGAUUUGAUUAACAUGUGGUUACAAUUUGUUUGGCACUCGUUUCUCCAUUCCGCAUUGAUAAAAAAGGGAAGGGGAAAGGAAAAGAGCGAUCAAAGGUGAAAUAUUGCGCAAUGCCUUCCGUAAGUAAUUCCUGCAUCUUAGUUCAACCAAGGAAAAACAUGACUAGGAGUUUAAAAGUGACAAAUAAUGUAACAAAUUUUGCAUCAAGGAGCAAUUCUAUUUGGGAUC